CUAUCUCAACAGAAAUCUGGUAUGAUAUCAAGAUGAUGUUAUCACAGUUAGUGUUACCUCUUCUGCUGCUUAUCCAGUUAUCCGAUGGAAACAUCAUCAACGAAAAGGUACAAUAUGAACAAUCGUUGAACAGACUCAAGCGUGGGGAUCCCAGAUAUAAACACUUUCCUCCAAACCGAAUCCCUACUACCGUCCCAACUACCACGACAGCAACUAUUGUGACCACCACAGCUCCAAACUAUUUUACUCCCACGGCGACCGUUCCCACUUCCACUACACCUAAUACCAACGAUUUUACUGCCCGUCCCACUUCGACUACAUCAAGACCACCUAGAACCAACGUUUGUGGGUCAGAGAGUAGACAGGGAGAUGUAACUACAAUAGAUCAUCCUGGUACUGGAGGUGACUAUGGUAACAACCAGAACUGUACAUGGACAGUUUGCACCAAUACUCCUGGUGUUAAUGUUACUAUUACUAGAAUUUAUAUUGAGGAUGAUCCACUAUGUAUAUUAACAAUUCAAAGGAACAGAUACUGUGGUGCCUUAAGAAGGAAUGGUGAAGUGGCUACGAUCCAGGGAUGUGUGAGAGUAAGUUUUACAAGUGACGGCAGUGUCACUGGUAGCGGAUUUAGAAUAGAAAUCAGACCACUACAAAAUUUCAUUGCCACGGCAACUACAUCAAGACCACCUAGAACCACUACAUCAAGACCACCUAGAACCAACGUUUGUGGGUCAGAGAGUAGACAGGGAGAUGUAACUACAAUAGAUCAUCCUGGUACUGGAAGUGACUAUGGUAACAACCAGAACUGUACAUGGACAGUUUGUACUAAUACUCCUGGUGUUCGUGUUGAUAUUACUAGAAUUGAUAUUGAAGGUUUAUUAUCAUCGUGCGUCUAUGAUGCGUUGACAAUUCAAAGUCGUAGAUACUGUGGUGGUGUCGUAAGAAGGAAUGUUGAAGUGGCUACGAUCCAGGGAUGUGUGAGAGUAAGUUUUACAAGUGACGGCAGUGUCACUGGUAGCGGAUUUAGAAUAGAAAUCAGACCACUACAAAAUUUUACUGCCACUUCGACUACAUCAAGACCACCUAGUACCAACGUUUGUGGAUUAGAGAGAAGACAGGGAAAUGUAACUACAAUAGAUCAUCCUGGUACUGGAGGUGACUAUGGUAACAACCAGAACUGUACAUGGACAGUUUGUACUAAUACUCCUGGUGUUCGUGUUGAUAUUACUAGAAUUGAUAUUGAAAGUUCAUCAUCGUGCGCCUAUGAUGUGCUAACAAUUCAAAGUCGUAGAUACUGUGGUGGUUUCGUAAUAAGGAAUGUUGAAGUGGCUACGAUCCAGGGAUGUGUGAGGGUGAGUUUUACAAGUGACGGCAGUUUCACUGGUAGCGGAUUUAGAAUAGAAAUCAGACCACUACAAAAUUUUAUUGCCACAACAACCCGUCCCACUUCGACUACAUCAAGACCACGUAGUACCAACGUUUGUGCAUUAGAGAGUAGACAGGGAUAUAUAACUACAAUAGAUCAUCCUGGUACUGGAGGUAACUAUGGUAACAACCAGAACUGUACAUGGACAGUUUGUACUAAUACUCCUGGCGUUCUUGUUAAUAUUACUAGAAUUGAUAUUGAACGUACAUCAUCGUGCGCCUUUGAUGUGUUGACAAUUCAAAGGAAUAAAUACUGUGGUUUUACAGAAUGGAAUUUCGAAGUGACUACAUACACGGGUUGCGUACAGAUAUCAUUUAGUAGUGAUGGAAGUUUAACCGGGACUGGAUUUUCAUUGACUAUCACACCAAAACAAUAUCAAGAUGGUGAUACUAUUAUUAAUCCAGACGGCAAGGUUUUAAUAUACAAUAAUGGAACAUGGGGGGUGAUCUGUCCCGAUCAGUGGGGUGAUUACGAGGUACAGGUGGCUUGUCGUGAGGCUGGUUAUCUAUAUGGGGUUGCUCUGACUCUUCCCAGGCCAGUCGUUAAUACGCCAAUUGAGUAUACAGUAGAAUGUACCGGCGAAGAGCGGAACAUACGGUCCUGUGAUGUACAAUACACCGAUGAAUGUUCAACUACCGACAGAUCGGGAGCUUUUUGUGGAUCAAAUCCACUUAGGUUGAUUGGUACUAACUCUAAUAACGGCCGUGUACAGAUUCUAUACAACAAUACGUGGGCCUACCUUUGCAUUCCUAAUGAUAUUUACGGUGAUGCGGUCAAUGCGAUAUGUCAACAAUUUGGAUAUAAAGCUGGAGACCUCGAAAUCUUACCUAGAACCAGUAGUUUGAGAGAUGAAUUUUGGGCGAAUGUCUUCCGUUGCUUAACAUACGGACGUCCUCUAAACCAAUGUAGAUCCGAAGGAUGGAGUUUUCAACGCGAUUGUCAGUUUGGACACCAAACUGUAUAUUGCUAUGGAUCAGUUCGACUGGACACUGGAUACAGAAAUUCAACUGGUGCUGUUUUGGUGUACGACAACAGAGAAUAUAAAACAAUUUGUCGAGAUGGUUUUGAUCAGAAUGCCGUAAAUGUGGUUUGUAGUGAGUUGGGAUUUCCAUCAGGUGGUCGACUUCUACCCGGACAAUACUCGAUUGUCAACAGAACCAUGAUAAAUAAAAUAUAUACAUGUGCUGGUAAUGAAACUAGUUUAGCUGACUGCAGGACUUUCUAUCCCAGACGAGUAUGUUCUUCUGUCGCUGCUGUAUCAUGUGUAGUUGAUGACCAGAAUUCAGACCCAGGAUGUAAUGUGUCGAUGAUAGAGGCGGAUUUGGGGAACAUCAAGCAAGAAGCCAUUGCAACUGUCAACGAAGCCACUGACGUAGUUGCCAGGCUGAUGGCACUGUUGAGCAAAAUUCGAAGAAACUAAUAUCCAUGGUGAUUGCAUUAUUAUAACUAAGUGAUGUAACAAACAAACACCAUUAAAGAAAUAAACCAUAAUUGCAGCAUUCAA